AUUAAUAUUCGAACAAUGUAUAAUUAACUGAAUGUAUAAUUACUUAUCACCAUCAUCAUCAUCAUCAUCAUCAUCACUAUCAUCAUCAUCAUUAUCACCAUUAUCAUCAUCAUCAUUAUCAUCAUCAUUACCAUCAUCAUCAUUAUCAUCAUGUUGUCGUUUCCAAUUUACAUUUCAUCAGAUAGAUAUCGGAAUUAUGAUUAUUUAUAAAUCAAUACGCACAUAUUUCCCUCUAGCAAAAUAUUAGCAUGUAAUUAAUUAAU